UUCUGUCCUGACCCCUUAUAGACCCCUCCCCUCAGCGUUUUCAGCACCAGCGGCAGCCCUGUCGUCGCACACCCACCAACCCCUCUACGUCAGCUGCACCACGGGGGAGAGGCGUAUAAAAGAGGGGGGGACUUUGGAGGUAGAGGCAUAAGAACCAACCAAGUCUCCAGUGACCAACCAACUAGUAUUUCUACCACCGCCACUGCUGCUGCUACUGCUGCUGCUGCUGCUGCUGCCUGCUUUCUUCUUCUCCUCUCUCAUCACCGGAUCUCCUAAUUGGCUUAGAAUUAACUGUAUAGCACUUUGGACCUUUAAGUACGCAGCAUGCAGCUUUUGGUGAUCUUAGCAGCUCUCAUGGGGGUGGUCUUCAGCAUCAAAGCAGCCUCCGCUCUACCUGUGGAUGACAGAACUCCGCUCCAUCCAAGCAGGGAGUUGAGUAAAGAGCGUAAAGAGCUCAUUUUGAAGCUGGUGUCCGGUUUGCUGGACGGGGCACUGGACACGAACAUGCUUCCCGGAGAGGCGUCGCCAUCCCUGGAUUUGGAGGAGCCGCUGGAGUCCCGCUUGGAGGAGAGGGCGGUGUACAACAGACUAUCGCUGCCCCAACGUGAUCGCAAAGCCCCCUGUAAAAACUUCUUCUGGAAAACCUUCACGUCCUGCUAACAACGCCAAAAAGCGAGACCGAACAAGAAAAGGUGAAAUGACGAAUUUGCGACAACGAUUUUGCGAGGCAGACCACAUGAACUUUUAGUAGACCUCAACUGUAUAUUUCCUCAUCAGACAUCUAUGGACUUCACUGAGACGCGUGUCUGUUUGCUAAAUAUGAUUUAUUUAUGUAUUUAUGUACAAUGGAUGUAUUUAUGUAUUUAUUUUUGGGCCAAAUAAAGCAUGAUCUAAU